AGAUGCAGUAGGAGGAAGAUCGCAUGUACAAUAACACAAUUGAAUAUUAUCAAGGAUAUUGUAGGCGGCAUCAUGUCUCCUUCUCCUCCUCGUACUGCUUUACUUGUUCUACUGCUGCUAGUGUUCAUUGCCGUCGUCUGCAAGGAAACUACGCAUGCCUCAGCUUUGAAUGCUGCUACUACAAUGGGAGUGUCGCCGCAAAAGAUGGAGAGGAUUCAAAGAUACUUGGAAAAGAUAAAUAAACCUGCUGUAAAAUCCAUUAAAAGCCCAGAUGGAGAUAUCAUCGACUGUGUUCUUAUGAACAAGCAACUAGCUCUUGAUCAUCCUCUUCUAAAAAAUCACAAAAUUCAGGUUCACUUUUUUUUUUUUUUAGAAAAAAACUUAUGUUUAAUUGCCGUUUACCCUGAAUUUUAUGGAGACAGCACAACCAGGCUAUUCAUCUACUGGACGAGGGACGCAUAUAACACUACGGGGUGCUACAACUUGUGGUGCCCAGGAUUUGUGCAAACAAACAACCAAGUAGUCCUCGGAGGAACGAUAGCCCCGCCUCUAUCGACGUACGAUGCCUACCAACGUGAAAUUACUCUUCUUGUGUGGAAGGAUGCAAGUACUGGCAAUUGGUGGCUUAGCUAUGACAAUAUUGAUGUUGGUUACUGGCCAGCUGCGAUCUUCACGCAACUCGUGAGCUACGCCACUUCGGUGCAAUGGGGUGGAGAGAUCGUGAACAAUGACGUCAAUGGGCAACACACGACGACCCAGAUGGGUUCGGGCCACUUUGCGGAGGAAGGGUACCAAAAGGCCAGCUACUUUCGCAACGUUGAGGUUGUCAACUCUGCGAACGGUCUCUACUCACCGUCCAUCUCCCCUUCGGAGACCAACGCCAAUUGCUACGAUAUCGCGAUCUCCUCCACUACUGACUGGGGGACUUAUUUCUACUAUGGUGGGCCGGGCAGAAACCCUAAGUGCCCUUAACGUGAGAAUUCAAAAUACUGCAUACACUCCCCCACUAAAAAAUGUUAUAGUAUAAAUAAGAGGAGUGAUUUGGUUAUGUAUUACUGAUGAGUCAUAAAAGUGAUCACAAAUCUGCUAUACUAUAUACGCUGUAUUUGAUAUAUUGUAAUAAAAUUUAUCUAAAACAUGAAUCCCAAACUCCUUAUAAUUAA